AUGUCAAGCUCUUCUAACUCCGGCUCUGGCAGCUCUGGUUCCUCUGAAGAGGAUAAACCAUGUGUGACCCUGGAGAACUCUGAGACAUCCUCCGAAGCUGAAGUCGCCUCAGCGAAAGCUCGGGCACGGGCAAGGAUGUUCACAUGGCCGUGUCCACUCCAUUUUCAUGCAGAGUUGUCAGAGCGCCAAUCCGCGAGAGUCCUCAAGCCUGCUGAUGUUUCUCGAGAAGACUUCUUGGAAACUUUCAAAACUGUGCUACGUCGCAAGGGCUAUCUCCACAACCUCGUUAUAGUGGCAGACGAGCCGCACAAGCAUUACCAAGCAGAUGGGAACGCAAGAGAAAGGCACAAACAUUUGAUUUUCUUGUUUCGACAACCUUUCGUACAUGCUAGUGUCUGCAAGAUGUUGGGUGAGCAAUUUGGCGCCCACGGGUUUUUUACCUUUCACCGAGCGGGCUGGGUGGCCUACUUGGAUUAUUUGAUGAGCGAGAGUGCAAAGAAGCCGGCCCAGGACUUGGAUCGUCAAAUGGUGUUUUACCCAGCAGCAUACACUUGGCAAAGAGCCGAAGCUGAGCUUGGUCAGAUGUCUUUGCAGAUGUCAGGCCGACGCCAAAAUGAUGGCGUGCAGCAGCGCAAAGAACCUGCGCCCAAGCGCCGCAAACAGAUGACUUUCAGUGAGCUGACGGACUUUGUCGUUGAGCGCGGUAUCCGUGCUGUGGGCGCACUUUGGCAGGAAGCCAAAGAGGAGAAAAAGGCCGGCAAUCCAUUGAUUUGGAACCAUUUGGGGUCCUUGCGAGAUGUCAACUCAGAGUUGCAGAAGAUCUUGGGUGCGUGGCACCGUCCAGAAACGUUGGGCGCUACAACUCUGGUGUCCACACCCACAUUUGCGUUGACCCAAUUUGUUUUGCCACCGCCUGUGCAAGAGUGGAUGCAAACCGGUUACUCCAAAGUUGCUUUGAUUUUGCAAGGCCCGCCCGGAACCGGGAAAACAGAAAUGGCCCUCAGCAUUCUCUUGAGCUUGUGCCCUGCUGGGGUACAUUUCCUGUCAAAAUUGGACCAAAUCAGGAAGAUCACCAUCAAUGGUGGACAAGGACUACUGGUUGAUGAAUGCACCUUCCGCAACAUUGACAUCGACGACGCGAAAGCUUGGACCGACCUUGCCCACCCUCGAGACGUUCGAGCUAGGAAUCAAGACGGUCACAUUCCCAGUGCUGCUACAGCUCCAGGUUUCAAAGCGGGUUUGGCCUUGGGUGACAGCAAGGUUGCAGAGCCCAACACGACGCUGCUUUCUACUCCGGCUCCAGACAUUGAUUCAGUUGCUCAGCUUGACGAGGAAGAGCUCAAUGACAUGAUGGAAGCUUCCAAAGGCUUCUUCGGGGAAUGA